UGAAUAUGGUGCCAGUGACCUUCGAGGAGCUGUCUGUGUAUUUCACCGUGGGGCAGGGGGCGCUGCUGAGCCCCGCGCAGAGAGACCUCUAUGAGGACGUCAUGCAGGAGAACUAUGAGACAGUGGCCUCGCUGGGAUUCUCCAUUCUCAAACCUGACCUGAUCGCUCAGCUGGAACGAGGGGAAGAGCUGUGGGUCCCAGAUCUCCAGCCCUUCAAAGAAAUGGAGAUCCUGAGAGGCACCCACACAGGCUGCAAAACACCCAUGUCUGUCUCCAGCUCAGCCCCUGGCCUGCAGAGCCAGGGACAGGAAAUGGCCGUGGCGAAGCCAGUGACCUUCAAGGAGGUGGCUGUGUAUUUCUCUGAGGAGGAAUGGGCUCUGCUGGACCCGGGCCAGAGAGCCCUCUACUGGGAUGUGAUGCAGGAGAAUUAUGAGGCAGUGAGCUGGCUGGCUCAUGUGAUCUCCUGGGAGGAGCAGGAAGAGGAGCUACAGAUCCCAUAUCUCCAGGGCUGUGAGAGAGGGGAGAUCAUCAGUAACACUCACACAGAUGAUGGGAGGCUGAGUGAGGACCAUGACAAAAGUCUUCAGGAGGAAAGACCAGAGCGAAUGGCUCCAUGUGGGAUUAUGUUGGGAAUAUCUGAAGGGCAUGUUUCUCAGAGUCCUAAGCAAGGAGAGACCUGUAAGAGACAGCAUAGCCCACAAAGGCAUCAGGGAAACCAUCCAGGAGUGGGACAAGGUAAAUACAGUCUCAGAAGCAGGAGGUUAAAAACAAACACAGAAAUUGUUCAAGAGAAAAUCCCCCAUCAAGAGUCACCCUGUGCAACUCUUAUAAAACAUGGAAGAGCCCACACAGGAGAGAAACCCUUCAUCUGCUCUGCCUGUGGGAAAAGCUUCAUCUGGAGGUCACACCUUACUAGACAUAAAAAAAUCCACACUGAAGAGAAACCCUUCAGCUGCUCUGACUGUGGGAAAAGCUUCAGUCGGAAGUCACACCUUGUCAUCCAUAGAAAAAUCCACACAGGAGGGAAAUCCUUCAGCUGCUCUGCCUGUGGGAAAAGCUUCAGUCAGAAGUCACACCUUUUCUUGCAUGGAAAAAUCCACACAGGAGAGAAACCCUUCAGCUGCUCUGAGUGCGGGAAAAGCUUCAGGUUGAGUUUAACCCUUGUUGCACAUAGGAGAACCCACACCAGAGAGCUGCUUCAGCUGCUCUGACUGUGGGAAAUGCUUCAGUA